UCGCAGAUGGAAAUCCCCAUGUCCUAUGGUUUGAGGUUGUAUUUAACAUUCCAGGCCUGGUAUAUAUACAAAAUAACGACUGGUCUUCCUUUUCCAAGACGAACUGAACUGACUCAUCCUCUCUGCAUCAGGCAUCACUACAGCAAAGAUGGCAUCAGGUUUUCACUUGGCUUUCUUCCUCUGUUUGACCAGCGGACUGUUGAUUUCAUUAACUCGGUCCACCAGGAUUGAACGCCACGUGGCAGGCUGUCCUCACGGUUGGACUCAAUAUGGCGCUCGCUGUUUCAUCGUUCAGACAGGUCACAGGACCAUGGCUGAUGCAGAGCUCACCUGCACUGCUUUUGGUGGGAACCUGGCCUCAAUCAGCAGUUACGGGGAACACUUGUUCAUUAGGAAUCUGAUUUUCCGUACGUGUGGCUCAUUUGUAACGACGUGGAUUGGGCUCUUUGAUGCAAUCCAGGAGGGAAAGUGGUUGUGGACUGAUGGUUCGAGAGUUGUCUUCACACACUGGGGUCAUAGGGAGCCUAACAACGCAGGAGGAGAACACUGUACAGAGACCAACUUUAGAGAAAGCUUUUGGAAUGAUGUCCCAUGUCACAGCACAAAACCUUUUGUUUGUGCCAGGAAAGUGUGAUGCGUCCCGCCAUCUGCCGUCAUAUGUACGAUUACGAUGUCACUACCACCAUGAUGACGAUAUUUGAUAAUAGCGAACUUGCUCUAAUGAUUCACUUCCAAUUUAACGCUUCCAAAUCAAAUUCCUCCAAAAUCAGUAAAAAGCAAUACCACCCUCCUGACCGUUCAUUCUGAAUUGUUAAAAACUCGACACCAUAGGACAUUGCCUCACUAAACUGGUUAAACUGUGAUUAUAAAUCUUUUUUUUUUUUUUUAAUGAGGGGAAAAGAUAUUUCUUGUGAUUUUUUCAUUUAGUUUCAUAUAUAAUUUAAUUUCAAUCAAUGCCAAAACAAACUGGAAAAUAAAUUACACUGAAAUAAACAUUAUCUGACAGCAUAAUGUGUUCCUGUUAUGAAAUCUUUCUCCAUUUUACCUGUGUGUGUGUGUGUGUGUGUGUGUUAUAAUAGAAUGUGCAGGGAAAUGAAGGAACUUAUUGCACACCAGGAGGAAGUAUAAAUAUUAAAAGUUCACGUUUACUAAAAAAACAGUUACAACUGUGCAAACGAUGCAUUUCUCCACAGAUCCUCCUUCAGAACAGUAAUGCACACUUUGUCCAUUUAAAGUCAGCUAUCAAUGUGUUUAAGUCUCUCCCAACACCAUUUUACUGACUGUUAUACACAAAACCUUUAACUGCAGAUGAGGUAAAUACAAUAUUUCUUAAAACCUUAAAAUAAAAAGCCUGUCAUGAGCUUGAACACAGAAGUCCAAUAAAGGGGAUGCACAAUAUAGCGGUGGCUGAUAAGAAAAUUAAAUUAUCGUUUGGCUGUUAAUGCGAGAGGACACAGCGGAGAGAAUGAAACAGACUUGAGGUUAUAUUUCACUUAAGUGCGAAGAAAAUCUGCCAGUAGGGAAGACUGUACUUUAUAGGUUUUAUAAUUUAUUAAACACUCGUUGAACAAGCAAAACAUAAACUUGGAAGAUGUCUCCGAGCGGUAAACUGCCCCCCUCCUCCUCUGCAACAACAUCCGUAUGUUUUACACAGCUAUACAGAGCUCAUUGUGCUAAUAGCAAAUAGUUAUGAACAUGCUAACUAAUUGGAUGUUAACCUCAGCAGCAGAGGCUUGAUCACUGAGGAGAGGAUGAGUGACUGCACAGGACUGUUAGCCAGUUUAUUGAAAAUGGCUUGCAGGCUUUCUAAACAGUCGAGUUCAACCAUUAAUUAGUAAAGUUAUUCUAAUGGCUUUUGUAGCCUAUACAUGCUUGUAGUUAUCAUAGUCUACAUUAUUUUUAUUUUUUUUAAACUACGGUUGUUACAAACAAGUUUACCAGAUAUUAAUGUAUUCUUUAUUCUGGGGAUGGUGCUGUAUUAGAGAAAUAGAUUUGUCAGUCUAAAAUUAUAUUUAUUUUCCUCUUCACAUUGUUGCUUUUCUAAAAAAGAUUAAUACUGUUUCGAAUUCCCCAUAAAAGACGGAAGUUACCAUGAGUAACUUUCCCCAUCCAGGCUCAGGGAAAGCACUCAAAAGUAUCAGAUUGCUUCCAUAGUUUCUUCUUGGCUGCUUAAACAAAAGAUGUGGUUGAUUAAAUGGCAUGUUGUAUUUUUUCACUUGGUAAUUUCCGCAUUUUCUGAUGAGUAUUAAUUUUUGAAAUGACAGCUAUUACUUUCCUUUACAUUUAAAAGGCUAACUGUCCAAUGCACAUUAUUGCUUUUUAACAGCCUGAGCAAGGAAAACACUCCAGCUUAUGUGACAAACCGGCUUAUAUCCUCCUUUUUUUUAAAGAUGACACAGCAAAGCACACACACCUGAAUUCAUCAAAGAAAGUUGCCAAAAGAGGAACAUGUGUGACCCUGGUGUAGCACACCUUAUCCCCUCAGUCUCUUUAUCUGUACUAACACAAACCAGAACACACACACCUUCGUCUUUGACACGUAAACUCUGGUAACAGUUCAGCAGGUCACCAUUUUUACCGUAACGCCAGUGCCGUUCAUACUUGUGCUGAAUAUCUUGUUGGUCAGCAGUACACAAUGGUAACAACGAACAUCUGUGUACAUUUAUGAGAAAAUACAUUACUAAAUAAAUGUGCAUAAAAACUUUAAAAUUAAAGUUUGGGAGCAGCUGGUGUGUAAACGGGUAUUUAUUUUUUUAACACCAGGCAUUUUCAGGUGAAAAUAAUUAACCUUUAUGCUUGCCUGCCCCCCCCCAACACACACUAGUUGUCUUAAAUUGCUUUUGUACAGAGUAUGGACUACACAUAAUGGCGGUUGUGUCACUAUGUCUAAUGUAUACUGCGUACAAAUCAUUGGAACUGCUGAGGUAAAUUAAAAAAAGCUGUCGUUCAUGUUUACAGAUGUCGGCCACGGAUGACCCAGACAAGCAUGGUCAGUAACUGUGAGACUUAGUUUUUAGAUUUGUGUGGUUGCUGUAUGUUUAAAAUGAUUUCAAUAGGCCUUUUUCACCAGACAUUUAAUAAUGGCUCUAUUCCAUUUACGUGCCCUAGUAGGCCAAGCCAGUGAGCCAGCAUGCAUAAUACCAGGACCCUAAAUGGAAUGCAGCCAUGAUGAACAUUAUUAUUUACACCUGUGCUUUUCCUGCUAUUACAAGUCAAAAUGUCUGCUGUGUUUGUUUUUGUUUUUAGGUACAUGUAGCUAAAACUAAUGAAGUCUUAUAUAAACAGUCCUGCAAUAAUGUUCAGUGUUAGUUGAGACUGACAGAGAGGUGUUGAUUAAACCAUUUUGAAUUGUUGAAUUGUUAUACCAACAGGUGUUUCUAUCAUUUUGUCCACCUCAUUUAUGUCAGUGAAGGUAGGCUAAAUAACAGAAACACAAAACAUGACAAGCAGGUAGUCGAAAAUAAAUUGUGUUUUAGCUGCAUUCACUAAUACUGCAGUGGUUUGACUGGAUACAUAAAACAAUAUGAAGAUUAAAUUCUUGUACCUUGUGUAGCAACAUUUAGCAAACAUUUCUUGUCAUGCAAGCAAAGUAUAUUUGAAUUUUAAAAAUGCAUAGUAUUUUUUUUUUUAAAUGAAGCCCUUUGUGAGGCCUGUACAUAUUAUAUUGUGGUCUUUGACAUUUAAUAAUUACCUUUACUUACCUUGUUUAUUUUUUCUUACAUAUUUUUGUUAGUUAUUUACACAAAUUUGGUGUGUAGCGCCACACUGCCAAUACAUAAUCAUCCAAUACAGGACUUACCUUAAGAGGGGCUUCUUUCUUGAGCUUUGUGAAGAGCUGGGAACUGAAGAAAUGUUGUAGAUAAUCUUGUUGCGGAGUGACGGCCAGAAACUGAUAAAAAUGUCCCGUCGCCAUUUUCGUUCCAAAUUCCCGCCACCUCCUUCUCCUCUGGCUUCUUGUCACUCUCCUUUUAGCUACUUGUACUAAUUACAGUCUUUAAUGUUGGCGGUGAGACUAAUAACAUUUUUCCCCGAAGUUACAGUUAUCUUGCUGCUGCUGAUUAACGUUACACGUUAAAGUAAAUUACUUUAACAGCAGUUACCUUUACUUAAUCCAACAACUGUUAGCCCGGCUGCUGAUGGCGGCUGGAGCUAAUGCCUGCUCUUAUAGGUGGCGUCUGUCCAAUUAUUUUCACGGUAAAAGAAGCUGAAACUCGGGGUUCCCUUUUGAAUUUCCCCCUACCCGACUGCAGGACCGUCAUGGCCGUCUUAACGGCUGACCAGGUGCAGUAAUAUAGCUCAAUUAAGGCAGCCAUUCGGCGCUAGCUCAAUAUAAAAUAGUCUUAUGAGACGCACGUUGAAAAUAUGACCACCAUUGAAGGGCAGGUGAACUUCUCAGCAACAUUUUUAAGUGAAUUCACGUCGAUGUAAAGCAAUAAAAACAUGACUCUCUCCAACAAACUGCAGGUAACUGCCAAACGCACUGUCCAAGUUUGAUCCAAGAUGGCGCAUACUUGCUUCCUCGCUGGAGAGCUGCGCAGCCGCAGUUGUUUGUGCUCAGUGCUGCCACAGGUGGCCACAAACUAUAGUUUAUUUAUUUAGCAACAACACUGGUGAAGCAAACAUAUUCCUGGGGCUUUCCAUUCAUCCAUAAGAUAUAUUGAUAUUUACUGCAGUACUAGAUUCUAAAAAUGUAAUGUGUUAUUCAAUAGUUACAAUAAAAUAUCCAGAAAAAAAAUGGUAAAAUAUCCAAAGAAAUCAGUAAAAUAUCCCAAAAUUCUUAGUUAAAAAUACGUAAAAUAUUACGAAUAUACCUGAAAAAUAUUAGUAGAAUAUCCAAAUAAAAUCAGGAAAAUAUCUGAAAAACAUUAGUCAUAAGCCUGCUACUAAAAUAUAUCAAAAAGCAGCUUUAAUUACAAUUUCCAGCAAAGUGAGUUCUGCAGUUAAUCAUUUAUUAAGUUUUAGUAUUCAAAUGACAAAUACCCAUUUUAAUGUCAAAUUAAACGCCAUAUGUCUUUUAACAGUCAGAAUCUUGUAGUCUUUUUGCUCACAGUAUCUCAAACUAAAUUUAGUUUGUUUCUUUUUCAGUGUACAAACUUUUACUUUGUUGUAUAUUUUAUCACGUAUAAGAUUAUUUAGCUCUUCAUUCUGAAAAUGUAAUUGUGAUAUUUACACCGCCUUCCUCAAUAACCUGCAUGUUCUCAUCCAAAAUCAUAAUUAUAACAUUCUUACAUUAGACCUUUAAGUAGGCGAGUCAUUUGUAUCUGAAAAUUAUUAUAAUUAUUUUAUCUUAAAACAUCUUGUUCGGGAUCCAGCUAAAUGUCAAUAAACUGCACUAACAACAGUCCCAGAUGGAUUUAAAGCAGCUUUGAAGAACCAAAAAAAAAUCCAGUCAGCCAAUGUAAUAGUACAAAGAACGGGGCCCUGAAUCACAAAGCAAGAUUAUCUGGCUGUCUUUGGGUUUAACUCACUUCCACCUGCACGGCUAACCUGCCAAGAGACUGACCAAUCAGAUCACUGGAGUCCUACAGGAUCCUGACGGGGACAAAAGUACUGACUUUACAAUAAGGUGACACGUUAAGAGCAAUAUACGUGGAGGUCACUGGAUCAUUUUUGCUGUUCCACUCCGGUUUUAAAAACAGAGCUUCUGAUUGUUCACUAAAUAAUCACACAGUGAAUGAUGAUUAUAAAUGCACUUUAAUUUAAUAGCUUUUAAACUCGUACUCCAUCACUGCAGCUUAGGAUAACAUGAGGUGACUUUGUGGUGAUAAUAAUAAUUUAUAAAAAAAACUAAACCCUCUGUUGUCUUUUAUUAAAAAAAUAAUCCAUACAGUAGCUCCCAUGAACUACCUUUAACUUUAUCUGCACCACGUUCAUAAUAGUUUGUUUAUCAUCGGACAAAAAAAAGCAAAUUUACAGCCUCACUUUUAAUAAUUUGGAAAUUAUUUCAACUGUUUCUACAGUUUCUUAUUCUAUUCUAGCUACGUGAUUACAUUGAAUACAUUUCUCCUGGCUGAAUAUCACUUUUUGCUGUCGCUUUCAACACAUUUUCACCGUUUCUUCCCAUUUCAUAAAAGCACCUCACUCGUAUUUCUGAUGACGUUACGUGUAAUUAACACUCUUCCGGCGCUGGACCAGUAAACCCAGCGUUAACAGAGCCAGCUGAUACCAGUUAUCCGGCUCAGGGAAGCCAGGUAACCCAAAGAGAGCCAGAGUUGAGUUAAACUUGCUUCGUGGUACAGGCCCCUUUUCACGACAUUAUACAACACUAAACACAAGAGUGUGGAUAAAUAAAAGGUUAUUAUGUUUCCUAUCACACCCAGUCAACUGUCUAAUGAAGGCACAGAGGAAUAAAAUGCUUCACUUAUACAAUACUGACAGUAAAAACAUUUGACACAGCUGUUGUCAAAAAAAAAAAAAAAAACAAGAGCUUUGGAGAUGAUUGGAGGGAUGUUGAUCGCCAUGAACCUUCAGGGAUAAACAAUAUUUCUGCAAAGACAAGUCAAAUAUUCCCAAACGCCAACGGAUUUUUAAAGGAACAGCCAGUGACGGAGGAUGAGAGGCAGUAGUCAUGUCCAUUUACUGUCUUUGCAUACACGUCGAUACAAACAGGGAAAUGAAAACACAAAACUGGAGGAUGAACAGAGAAAAACAAGCAAAAAAAAAAACAUCAAAUUUCUCUUUCCUUCACCCGAGUUCUUAUACAGAUAAAAAGCAGCUGCACUUUAUUUUAUUUAUUUUUUUAAAACAUGAGAUACAAAUAUUAGCUUUACACACUCAGCUCCACUGUUACUUCUGUUGGCACAUUGAGACACAAACAGCAACAAAGAUAAAAACAAAGAAAAGCUGAUGAAAUCUGUAUGGAGGUCCUCGUUCUGGUUCACGUCGCUCGAAUGAAUCAAAUCAUUCUCGCAAUCACAGACGGAAACGAAGAGUAAAAACCUUUUCAAGACCCAGGCGAGCUCGCAGUUCAGAUGCUUCGUCGAUUUUAACUCAAUUUUAUGCUGCGAAACGGUACGUUGCUUCAACCUUGACUUCAGUCUCUCAGCAAAGUGAGAAUAAAAUUAAAAGAUGUAGACUUCUGCUUGGAAAAUCAUUAUCCAGACUGGCUCUGAAGACAAAGGGCAUGACAGACAUGCUCCUUCAAUAUCUAAAGGACGGAGGACGUCUGGUGAUCUGAUUCUAUAUUCUUCUUAUUGUCAAUAAUCCCAUAAAAAGACCCAAACCAGCAGUGAACGUAUCAGCUAACAGGCACCAUGUGUGAGUAUCGCAGCCUGAUGGAUCGUCUUCCUCCAUCGUUGUCCAGAAACUAUUAAAACACAUCAGUGAGUCGCUCUGUUGCACUGGCUGACAUGUUGCUUCAUCACCAUGAACACACACACUGUAGUUUAUUCUGACUCAGUCCCACACACACCGUCCUGCUGCCCCAAACACUCACUACAGCACCACAUGUGGAUUCAUCCGCCGCUGGAAAUAGUCCCCAACGAAUGCACUGUUUCCUCCUGUUUGUUUGAUUAAAAACUACCGUGUAAAAAUAAAACUAUUUAUUUGUGAGGUGUUGUUUUUUUUUUUAAAGAUUUACGUCUUCAGCGGGAACCAACGGGCUCGGAGCUGAGAGCCGGAGACAGGAAGUGAGACAGUGUUGAGGGGCGGACUGACACGCUGUUGGUUUUGGUCUUUUCAUGGAAUAUGUUGACAGACAACAAUAAAAACACCAGCCUUGUCCUUUAAAGAUGAACUUUUCUUUGACACGUAAGACCUUAAAUACUCUGAUGUUCUCUUGCCAACAGGAAACUGAAGCUGUGAAUAAAAAGACACCAAUGAUUAGCUUUGAUUUAACGGACGUCACCGUGUAUUAUCUUUAUGGUAGUACCAUAUCAUGAUCCGGACUUGAGCCACACUUCCCUGGUUAUUAUUCAAAGAAGAGAUUGUAGCUGUCACACAAAAACUGAUUAUUUUACCAAAUUCAAAUCAUACUCUCACAUAAUUACAACCAUUUGGGAUUGACUUUGGUACCUUAUUUUCACACUGUAAAGUCUGAUUUAUUAAUGAAAUAUGGAGCCUAGACACAUUACACUACUUAAACAUGAGAAGACUAAAUUAGAUUUUUUUUCUGGAGUUACUGACACACUUAUUUCCCUUUUCAACAUUAGGCCCGCAGUAUUUCUGGGGCUUUUGUGAGAGGAGCCGAACGUUUGGUGUCCUGAGGCUGAACACACUCUACCAGUUUACACCAGACUGACAGAAGAGCCUGAUCACUUCCCUGCGAAUUAAAAAUAAAAAAAUAAAACAAAAAACAUACAAGCGUGCAGACGCACAAGCAGAAAUA